AUGGGAGCCGACAGUGUGUUGAAGAUGGCCAAAGGCGUAGCGACCUGGGAGUUUCCCGCCCUACAACGCGUAAUGAGGCUGUCAGCUAAGUCCUGCCGUCAAACUCAACCGAAACAUAGUCCUCGGACUGCACCAGUUACCGCGCCUCAGGUUCCAAAAUCUUCACGAAAAGUAGCUGCUGAAUUGAGCGUGUUGAUGCUGAAGUUAGAGACAGAUUUCAUGGCAAUUACUGGGGAGGAGGGCCGAGAAAAAUGGAGAUGUUUCAUGAGAGAAGGAACCCUUAUUGAGGCCUGGCUAGAUAGAAUGCUACAAGAAUCUGAACACAAGGCUGCGCAUGGCGAUACCAAUAGUAGUUUACAGGAAUACGGUCUAUCGAGGGUACAACUCGGUAUCUUAGGUCUCUCUGAAAGUCAGAUCGAUAGAGCAUAUCGCAUGCUAUAUGUCUACUCUGUUGGUUGCAACGAGAUGAUCAAAGAGCUUUGCCUGCACAGCCUCGAAAAGGCUGUGUUUGUCGAACUUCAAGCGGAGAUUGCUGAGCUAGCAGAGGACAAGAAAAAUGCUAUAGACGAGUUACGCAUGAUGCGAGGUUGUUUGAACGAAGCAUUGGAUGGCAUAGCUCUAAAUAGGCUUUUAGCAAAUGAGGAUUGGGAAGUCACUGAUAAUAUAGAAGCAACCACUCUCCCAGGAAACGGAGAUAUUAGAGAGGCGAAAGAAGCUCUAGAGAGGGAAAGGAGUGAAGCUCAUCAUUUGCGUGAGUUAUGUAAGAAACUGGAGCAUGAUGUAGAAGAAACUGAACGAAAGACAGCGGAGAUUACUUGGAAGUUUGUGCAGUAUGAUCGUGAUUUUCCUGUUCUACAGAAAGAGCAUGUUGAACAGGAAUGCACGAUAUUGAAACAUAGAGUUGAGCACCAAGAUGCAGCGUUGAGUCUAGAGGCAAAAGUGCGGAUGCAACAGGAGAGUUUGAGGGCUUUGACAGUGGGAAUAGCAUCUCUCACUCCUCAUAGAGUUUUGGGAAUUCCUAAAGUGUCGAUAUUAUCAGAGGUAAGCAUAGAAACUGAACAGUCCCGAGCUGAAAGAAGGCUUUCAAGGAGGCUCUCGAGAAAAAUGUCUCGGAGGGGAACAGAACUGGCAAAGAGAGCAUUAGAGUUCUUAAAAAUCCAACAGCCAGGAGAAGGCAGAAUAAUCAAGGAAAGCGAGCUUAAUGAAAUUUCGGAGUCAGAUUUGAAUUCUGACGAAGAGUGGGAUGACCUGUGCUCUGAAUUAUCACAACAACGAGAAGAGAUGGAAAAGAUGGAAGCUAAUCUUAAGGAAGAGAGAGAUAGACGGUGCUGGAUGGAAAGGCAUGUAGAAGCUUCAGUGAAAGAAGCUGAAAGGCUAAGGUCUGAAGUUAAGCAAACAAAUACUAGAAUUGUCAAUCUUGCCAUAGAAAAGAAAAACAAGGAAAAAAACCUUCAGAUUGCUGAAGAGCAGAUUCGUAAGCUUGACAGGCAGCUUGAGAGCAUGGAAUUGACUCUCGAGAAGAAGAAUGCAGAGAUUGCUAUUCUUAACAAUAUUAUUAUUAGGAAUCUAGAAAGGCAAGCUCACUGUGCUUCAACAUGUAAACAACUUCUAACAACAGGUGCCAAGUUGCUAGAGGACGGUAUGGUCCAGGAAAUGAACGUAGUAGGUAGCAAAGUAUCUAUUUUAAUGGAAACUGUAAGGCUGCUCAGGAACAAGGUGACAAAGGCAGGUAUGGAAAUAAGAAGUUGGAAGCUGAAAAUGAAAGCGGCAGAUGGUCAGAAUGCAGCUAUGUUAGCCGAGAUGAAAACCCUGAAGAGCGAACUUGAGUCAAGUAGCGCGGAUAACAUAAGCCUUGAUUUCAAGCUUCAAAAGGAGGAGCAGUGUAGAGCAAAAGCGGAAGAAGAGCUAAACAGGGUACUUAAGGCGUCGGCUGAUUUGAAACUCGACCAAGUGGUUCUUGAAGUGCACCUCGAGUCUUCCUUAAACAAAAUCAUGCAGUUAGAGAUGAAAAAUUACAAAAGUGAGGCGAAGCUGGAGGAAUGUGAUCGAAAUCUAAAUGUACUGCAAAAUCAGAAAGAGAAAGAAGAUGCAAUUCGUGGAAUUUUGCAGUCAGAGGUCGAUGCCUUGCGGCUGGAGGUGGAAGGACUAAGACGUCAGCUUUUGGUUACUUAG